AGCCGGCCCCGUCGGUGGCGCUCGCUCCGCUCCUCGCUCCACACCUCGCUCCACCGCGUUCGCUCGCUCGCUUGCUGAGAUCGGGUCACUGGCUUCGCUAGGAUCGGGUCCUGAGAUCGGGUCACUGGCUUCGCUAGGAUCGGGUCCUGAGAUCGCUGCCCACGGCUUCGCUGAGAUCGGGUCUUGAGAUCGGGUCACUGGCUUCGCUGAGAUCGGGUCCUGAGAUCGGGUCCCCGGCUUCGCUGAGAUCGGGUCCUGAGAUCGAGUCCUGAGAUCGCUGUCCACGGCUUCGCUGAGAUCGGGUCCUGAGAUCGGGUCCCCGGCUUCGCUGAGAUCGGGUCCUGAGAUCGAGUCCUGAGAUCGCUGUCCACGGCUUCGCUGAGAUCGAGUCCUGAGAUCGGGUCCCUGGCUCCGCUGAGAUCGGGUCCUGAGAUCGGGUCACUGGCUUCGCUGAGAUCGGGUCCUGAGAUCGGAUCCCUGGCUUCGCUGAGAUCGGGUCCGACGACGCGGAGGACGACUUGAAUGGACGAGGACGCGGCUCCGUUCGGAGAGGGCGCGGGCGAGAGUUUCGUGGCCCGAGACUGAGAGACGCGCUUCGGGCAAGGGGGGCGCUGAGUUGAGUGGAAGUCUCCCGAGGCCACCACCACCACCACCCACCACCCACCAUCACCACCCACCACCAUCACCCACCACCACCACCACUCCUGGUGCCGUCUCCAGGUGCUGAUGGGGACCCUCUUCACGUGGAGCUGCGCGCGUUGCCGUUGUGUUUGUCAGUGACGUGGAGUUCCGCAGAGACCGGCGAGAUGGUUCAGGCGAUGUCUGUAGAGACUUGAGUUGCGCCGAAGGUGAUUUACAUUGUUCAUGGCCACGUAGCGUGAGAUCGGCCAUAGACGUCGGGGCCCUGUUGAGGCCACAUCGGAGCCAUGGAACCUCUCAAGGGGAUUUUCUCUCGGACCAAAAGUUUCCGCGAUUCACUGCGCAACAACGAUUCUCAGCAGCAGCAGCAGCAACAUCAACAGCAGCAUCCACAGCAGCAGCAGCAACAGCAGGAGCAGCCAUACAGCUGCACCAACCCACUUUGGACGGCCGUGUUUGACUACGAGGCGAGUGCCGAGGACGAGUUGACGCUGCGUCCCGGCGACAUGGUGGAGGUGCUCUCCAAGGACUCGGAGGUGUCCGGCGACGUGGGCUGGUGGACGGGCAAGCUCAACAACAGGGUGGGCAUCUUCCCCAGCAACUACGUGACGUGCAGCAAGUCUCGGGGCAGCAGCUACGCCAAGCUGCACAACGAGAGGCCGCCGGGUUUGUUCGCGGAUCCUCCGGUCGAGGUGGGUUUCGCGGAGCUCUCCCUGGAGGAGAUCAUUGGCGCCGGAGGAUUUGGCAAAGUCUACAGGGGCACGUGGCGCGGCGAGGAGGUGGCAGUGAAGGCCGCUCGUCAGGACCCCGACGAGGACAUCAGCGUGACGAUGGAGAACGUGAGGCAGGAGGGGAAGCUCUUCUCCAUGCUGAAGCAUCCGAACAUCAUUGCGCUGAAAGCGGUGUGCCUGCAGGCGCCCAACCUGUGCCUUAUCAUGGAGUACGCGCGGGGAGGUGCUCUCAACAGGGCUCUGGCCGGACGCCGCAUCCACCCGCACAUUCUGCUCGACUGGGCCGUGCAGAUCGCCCGCGGGAUGAAGUAUCUUCACGAUGAGGCCAUCGUCAAUAUCAUCCACCGUGACCUCAAGUCCUGCAAUGUCCUGCUGCAGGAGCGCGUGGAGAACGACGACCUGGAGGCCAAGACGCUGAAGAUCACCGACUUUGGGCUGGCCCGCGAGUGGUACAAGACGACGAUGAUGAGCGCGGCCGGAACCUACGCUUGGAUGGCGCCCGAGGUCAUCAAGUCGUCCACCUUUUCCAAGGGCAGCGACGUCUGGAGCUACGGCGUGCUGCUGUGGGAGCUGCUGACGGGCGAGGUGCCGUACCGCGGCAUCGACGGGCUGGCCGUGGCGUACGGCGUCGCCGUCAACAAGCUCACCCUGCCCAUCCCUUCCACCUGCCCGGAGCCCUUCUCCAAGCUCAUGACAGAGUGCUGGGACCCCGAUCCGCACUCGCGGCCCCCGUUCUCACGCAUCCUCGACGAGCUGGUGGCCGUGCAGGAGUCGGGCAUCUUCCACAUCCCGCAGGAGUCCUUCCACUCCCUGCAGGACGACUGGAAGCUGGAGAUCCAGCACAUGUUUGACGAGCUGCGCGCGAAGGAGAAGGAGCUGCGCACGCGGGAGGAGGAGCUGAUGCGCGCGUCGCUGCAGCAGAAGUCGCAGGAGGAGCUGCUCAAGAGGCGCGAGCAGGAGCUGGCCGACCGCGAGAUCGACGUGCUGGAGCGAGAGCUGCACAUUCUCAUCCACCACAUCUACCAGGACAAGCCGUGCGUCAAGAAGCGCAAGGGGCACUUUGCGCGCGCGCGGCUCAAGCUCAGCAAGGACGGCAACCGCAUCAGCCUCCCCUCAGACUUCCAGCACAAGAUCACGGUGCAGGCGUCCCCCGACCGCAGGAUAAGCGUCGAUACCCCGCCCGGCAGCCCCGCACUCAUCCCCCGCCUGCGCGCCAUCCACCUGGCCGGAUCGAGCGGUACGAGGCUGUGGGGCCGCAGCGCGGGCUCGCCGAGAAAGGAUGACGAUCGCAGGAACGGGGACAAGAAGGGGCGAGGGAGGGGAGGCGUCUCUGGGCCUCAGAGGGAGAGGAGCAGCCUGGAGGACAGGAUAGACGAGAUUGGGAGAGAAUCUCCUGAUGGGGUGCUACAGACGGAGGAGAGCGAAAGUGAUGACAGCAGGCUCAAGCCUGUGGCGAAUGGGAUCAAGGUGAGCCCAGGAGAACUCCGAAAUCCCCGGCAGCUGCUGCGAGGAGUCCAAUCUUCGCCCGCAACCCCCAGCGGCUCUCGUGAAACGGGUGAUCGGAGCGUCAGGAGGACAAAGCAGAUCAUCCGGCGCCCGAACCUCUCCUGCCUCAACCUCUCCUCGCGCCACGGCGGCACGAGCGAUGAGUCCACGAGUGAUGACGACCUCGAGAAAACCGCGGUCGCCGCCGCAACCGCAGACGACGACGACGGCGUUCCCGGGGCCACGUGCGAUUCCUCGGGCAGUGCCACCCCGCACGGCACCCCGCAGCACACCCCGCGGCACACCCCGCGGCACACGCCACGGCACACCCCACCCGACGUCCUGCCCCCGGUCCACCAGGUCUCCAAAGACAAGGAGCACCGCAGCGGAAUGGCGCUGUUCGGUUGUGCCGCGGUGCUGUCGGUGGUGGCCCUCGGCGAAGACGUGCGGCACGCCGGGCGCAUCCCGCCCACCUCCAGCAGCACCAGCGAGGGGGGGGGGCGGCAGCAGCAAGAGCGCAAGCGAGCGGCGUUUUUCCAGCGCGCGGGGCUGUUCCGUCGCAGCGCGGGAAUGUCCGUGCAGUGGAGGAAGUCGCCACGGGAAGGCGGCGGUGGGGUCAACGGUCCGCAGGGGUCGCCCUCGUCGUCACUCUCCAUAUGCAACUCGACGCGCUCCUUGCUGCGCUCGGACAGCGAGGACACAACGCACUGGCCCCACUGGCCGGAGGGGUCACCGGUGUCGUCGCAGGUCACCCCCGGCUCCGCGGCCGACCCGCUGUGCGCCAACCUGCACUUUGAGCCGGCGGUCAAAGGCCACCAGCGGAAUGCGUCUGACAGCACCAUCACGGACGUGUCGCUCGAGCAACCGGUGUCAAACGGCGUGUGCAUCUCCUACCAAGCUCUACCAGAACCGGCGACGGUGCUGAUACUGAGCCCUCCGCCGCCGGCGGAACACCCUUCGUCCCCGCAGCGGCCCCGCACGCUGGCACUCACCGCCAGGCCUCGCCCCUCGCCGGCGCUCGCUCACCAUGACCCCUGGCGCGUCGUCUCCUCGGCGACGACAAUGUUGGACCCGGCGUCCGGCCAGAGCUCCGGCUCCGACACGCCCACCAACCCCUGGCCGGAGCCGCUGGGCGCCAAGUGGCCCGCCGCGAGCGACGCGGAAGAGCGGAGAGAGCCGCCGCCACCGCCGCCACCACAGCCGCCGCCACAGCCCCAGCCCCGCCGCCCCCCCGCGGAGAUCGCCGCCACCCUCCUGGACAUGGACGUUGACGGGCAGAGCAAGGACGGCACCGUACCGCUGUCGGUGCGCCUCAACGCCUUACGGAAGGACCACCCCAUGUUUUACGAGCUCGAAAGGCAGUUCCUUGGACAGUCGUAACCUUCUUAAACGCACGUGGUGUUUUUGCAAGGAGGGCGGAUGUUGGGACUCAUCCGCGCGAGUCAAAAGCAGUUCGUAUGGAUGAGGCAGGGCUCGGUAAUUUGCAAAGAUAACUGCCAAAUGGAUGCGCAAGUCUGCUUGACGGGUAUUGCGUCUGUCAGCAUUCGCUUUAAUGGGGAGAAAGCAAAAUGCUUCCCAGGUCACCUUUGAAAAGCCGACUCUUUGUUCAAGAUUUGAUUUAUGUAUGCGUGUGUACAUAUAUAGGAACUACAGUUUGUGUUGGAUAGAGAUCUUGGAGAUGAAACAUUCUCAUUCCCUCAACAGACAUUCACGAGACAGACGCUGCACAAGGGAAAUUAUGUCACGUGGCCUCAUUAUGUCUACCACAGCUGUUACUGUCUGCGUAAAAAGGGUGCUAUGCAUCACAUCGCAGAAAUACUUCAUCUCAGCUUUGGCUGCGCUAAUGACCUUCGGGAGCAAAUUAAAAUAUCAGUACGAAACUCCUAUUUAAAGGGCUUUAUCUGCACAACCAAAUACACACAUGGGCGUAUGAUGUCUCGUUUAACAUGCACAAGGGUUUUUAUUUUCUUGAGGAUGCGGGAUUGGAUAUGUGUAAAUGUGUAAAACAAAAAAUUGAUCAUGAAUGCAAUAAGAAAUGACGUUUCGUGGUGCAUUUAAAACUGAUUGCACAUGGUUACCUUGUGCAGGCUGCCGCUUGCCACAAGUUUGCCAUACUUACGCGUUCUUUUUUUUUUAUUGCGGACGUACGAAUGUCGUCCUUGAGUAUCGUUUUCUUCCAAAAAAAGGUGCUCGAGCCUCGCGGAGUAGAGCAGUCGGCGCUGUGACGUCGUCUCGGAGGCAGUGAGGGUCACGGGGGGGGGGCGGAGGGGGUGGGGAGUGACCUUACGAUGAAAGUUCGACGACCACGGUUUUUACGCAAGUCGGUAAAUGGGUUCCGCGGAGUAGUACUACUAUACCGACAUAUGGGGAGUGUGACCACUUUCGAGCAUAACUUGUCUAAUGUUACGUGCAAUGGGCUACUUUCACUGACGCGAAGGCAUCUGCAGUGAGCCUUGAAUGUGACGAGGAGAGCUCACCGGCUGUGUCUCUUCGCCAUCGGCUCGCAGUCUCUCAGGCCUCGCACCUCUUUUCCUGUUUUGUUGCCCACCAUUUGGUUACCAUGCCAGUUCUCUCCUAGCCCACGCGCUCGCUGGAUGAGCAAGCGCUGGAUGCCCCAGCUAGGGUUGCCACCUGUUUUCUUUUUCUUCGGAUCAUUCUCUUGUCUGAGGUAGCUGUCGUUAGUCAUCCCGGGACAUUAGAAGUCUUGUUUUCGAUUUUUUUUUAGUUUUUGUCAGUUGCAUAAUAAUACACAACUCAAGACAAUUCACUGACAUGUAGUUUUCUCUCUUAGGGUGUUGCGAGAUAUUCUUCUUCCCAUGAAUAUGUCCUUCAUUUUGUUCGUACCACAGACACAUGACAAGCCUAGCUGCAGCUGAUGGGAUGACACAAGAGGUGGGCCACGGUGGUGGUCGUGGUGGGGGAAUGGCCAAGAGGCCUGAGGCCCGAGCCGCCGCCGGCGUCCCGGUUGUCGGCGCGCGCCGCGUGCUAAAAUGUGAAUGGGCACUGGCGGUGGCUGAGCCCCCCAAUGUGGUGGGGGGACAGCCGCUGCCGCCUGUAGUCAGUGCACUGGACUGUGGCUCGUCGGGCUGUGUUCGCCGUGCGGCUAACCGCCACACGCGUGCCGCGUGCACGCGGCGCGAGAUCCGGCGACGGUGCGUUUAAGCGUCCCCCCGUUGAUGGUCGCUUGCGGGAGGGAUACCCGCCCAGCAACUAACAGUACCGACGGAAUGACACUGCGCAUACUUUAUUCGCGAUCGAGCAAACACUUCAAUGCUGUUCUGUAAUAUAUGUAAAUGUACCAAAUGUCGCUUGGUUCUCACAAGGGCCUUUAAGGUGUAUUAAAUUAAAGGCAUAAGAGAAUACGCAUU